GCCAACUCAACACUUGUUGCGGGGUGUAAAUAUGUCUCGGGCUCAGGCUGAACGAGUGAUUGAAACCAUUUUAAUAGAAUUAACACAAAUGUGCUUGACGGGACCUUUGUCGGGGGACUCAGUGGAUUCCAUGGUGGAGAUGUGUGUUGUGCAGGACACAAGGGAUAUGUAUCAUGUUGAUCAGACACUGACCAACUAUGACAUGCAAAUAUUUAAAGAGAUCUGUACGGCGAGACGCACAACUGCAAGCAGUCCAUCCCUUGACACAAUCAAAAUGCAAGUGUAUUUUGAUAUGAAUUACUCUUCUCGACGGGAGUUUCUUAAGGAAAUCAACUGGAAGCUGGAGUCGAGACUUCACCAAGUGAGCAGGGACAUCACAGACAGCAGGGUCAAAACAAAAGAGCAGCUAGAUGUUCUUUAUCGUAAAAUCAUCACUUAUAUCUUGCUGGGCUCUGGCAUGGGCUCACCUUCAGAUGUCAACUCUGUACAAGAGGCAACAGUUGCCUUACAGAGCAUCUUUCCACUGAUUGAAUUGGGAGCCUUCUCGAUGCUCUUAAAGAGCGAAAAGGAGCAGCAGCUCUCUGAACUCACCAUGACUGUCACAGGAAUUCGACUCUUCAACAAAGCCAGCAAGAAGGAUGAACAGGAGAUGAACUUCUCUGAACUAAUGCCUGCAGUUCUUUGUGAAGCACUGUCCGUCACCAAAGAAGCAAUCAAGAAGGAGCUGACGGUCUCCCAGGAUUUGGCUUGGAAAUACACAGCACUGUUAGAAAAGUAUACAGACAGUCUGCCUGGCGAUUGUGACGUGUCUCUGGUUCAGCUCACACAAAUGCUGUACAAUGUCAGGCAGCAUGAACUUUUCCUUCAAAUACUACUGGCUGAUGCAGGCUUAAGUGCAAACAGAAUUGAAAUACUGCAGAAGGAUAUAUGCUCGCAGAUAAACCUUCUAAAAAACUCUGUGCAGCCGAAGACUGCUGUGCCCACAACCAAGGUUUUUCCAUUGUUCAAGGCCCUAUCAAAGUUGUGGUCGGAACUUCAGGACGAGGCAGAGCUGCUGAACAUCUUCAGCAACAUUCUACUCAGACUGCAGUCCUUCCUUACCUCUGAAGUCAAGAUUUUUUCCAAAACUUCUUUAGACAGCUUGUUGGAGGGAUUAGAAGUAAAAACAGACGGACAAAGAAUAAACGAGUCAUCAUGUGAGCGCAUCGAUCAAGUACAGAUGAAGCAAAAUCAGUGGUUCCUGUUUGAAACUACGGACAGCCUCACUGGACUAUCAUUACAGUAUAAUGGAUACUGUGGCUACACACUUGCGCAGAAAAAUGGAAUUCUUCUUCCAGGAAAUCCAUACAUCGGAAUUCUCAAACACAAGGAGAAGAUGUAUGUCUUCAGUUCCAAAGAAGCUGCUGUGAAAUUUGUCCGCAGUCCAGAUCACUUCAUUGCACUGGUGACAGAGAGAGCCAAGGCUUCCCCUGAGCUGAUUAAACUACUCCAACUCCAUCAAAAUCCAACUUAUAAGAAGCAAGGAGAGACAGUACUUACCAACCUUAAGUGUGAGGACUUCACACAGACUGAUGUCCACCCGAUGGAAGCAAACAUUGUCAAGUCAUAUGAAUGGAAUGAGUGGGAACUGCGAAGGAAAGCUAUCAAACUGGCUGAUCUUCGAACGACAGUCACACACUCAACGCAGACCCAUCUGAGCCACAUGAGACGGGAAAAUGACACUCAGACUUGGCUCCCCAAGGAGGUUGGCUGUCAAACUAAGAGAGAUGGUUCUACUUGUGUACCCAAACCUCAGAUAUUCUUGGCCGGCCUGAGAGGACAAAGGGGCGGCUGCAUGGAGAAAGUAGACCUUACCAGAUCUAUUAAUGAGGAAUAAACUUAGCCAAACUUACUGCUGACUAAACAUCCAUCAAUCCAUCCAUUUUCUACCGCUUGUCCCUCUCUGGUGACUAAUCAUUGAUUGAACAAACUUAGGAAAUUGUAUUAAUUAAAUAAAUUGUCUGUAUCAACAAA